AUUGCACGAUUGCACUAACAACAUUCAAGUUCAAUAUCGUCUGGUGACCUUAGUAAACAGGCGCCCUUCUGUCGUAGUGGUCGUAUGAUAAAAUAACCGACAACCGUUGUUCCAUUCAAGGGAAACUGCCGUCUACACUACCUACCUACCUGAAGCACAGCUGAAGCGUGCUGAUGCCAUAGAACUGUAGCCAGAGUGGUUUUAGUUUGAGGUCUAAAAGGACAGCAGACAGCAUCAUUCCCGAAAAUCUACUGAAAGCUGAAAGGGGAAGAAGCUGGAUAUUUGGAUAAUCCGAUCAGUAGGUUUGAAGUUGUGUGUGUGCGUGUGCGUAGCAUUAACGAAGUGGGCCUGAAACAAAAAUAAAUGGAGACAUUCGUAUUGCGAGCGUAUUACAAAAUAGGAUCAUUGUUGAUUGCUCAAUGGAUAUAAUGUUAAUUAGUGUUGAUGAAUAUUUACUUUGAAUAACCAGCACAGCAGAUAACUGAACGGUGACUUGUAAGUGAUUAUACUCAAAAUGAACACCAAAGUUGAAGCCUUUGAGCAAGAAGAUUUGCUUGACAAGAGCAAAAAUGUGGCAGUGAACAGGUCACAACAGAACGGAAACAAUUCUGGCAGAAAAACACAUAUACCCGUCCGAUUCUGGAUAGGAUUGAUGGUAUUCCUGACGACCUACAUUAACUACACCACCAGAGUGAACAUAUCGAUCAGCAUUAUAUCCAUGACAAGAGGCAAAUCGCAAAAAAUUCCGGAGUGCUUGAGAGAUAUAAGUGCCAAUAAUACAGGUACUAACAGUACCAUUCUGUUACCCGAUUAUGGUCCACGUUACGAUUGGGAUCAAAAUCUUCAAGGUUACCUGAUAGGCUGUUAUUUUUGGGGAUAUUGUAUAUCUUCCCUGCCUGGUGGAGUGAUAUCAGAAAUGUUGGGUCCGUACAAAGUUAUUGUUUGGACUCACGUGGGUUCUGCCAUUUUGAACUCUUUAUCAGUGUUCGGAACUCACAUCCAUUUCUCUUUAUUGAUGAUUUGUAGGCUCCUGCUGGGAUUGAUGGCAGCAAUCCCACCGUAUUUGAGAAUGAUGAAAUCAAUACCUUUCUGGAUGCUUACCACAUUGCACUUUGGAAAUCUUUACGGAUUGUAUUUACAACUCACUAUGGUUCCAAAAUUCAUGGCUGAAGUGAUUGGUUUCAAUUUGAAAGCUGCAGGCGGACUAUCGGCCUUGCCACAUCUCUCUAGAUUGUUUCUGGGUACGGCAUUCGGAUCUCUAGGCGAUUAUCUGAAGAAGAAACAGAUCGUUUCUAAUGCUUUCAUCAGGAAGUUCUUCGUACUAUUCUCUCAUAUCAUCCCUGGUAUCCUGUUGAUUGGAAUAUCUUUCACCGGCUGCAAUUAUGUAACCGUAGUCAUUUUGCUGACUCUCAGUAUGUCUGUCAACGGAGCCGCCGUACUAACUAACCUCCAAAAUCCACAAGAUUUGGCGCCCAACUUUGCUGGUUCUAUAUUCGGAAUAAUCAGUUUCAUUGGUGGUAUGACUGGCUUUAUUGGACCUGCCGUGACGAGUGCAUUCAUCAAAGACAACAAUGGCAUCAAAGAAUGGGGAUAUACGUUCAUUCUAGGCGGAUGCAUCUAUUGCGCUUGCGGGACACUCUUCAUCCUCUUCGGUUCCGUCCAAGAACAAAGUUGGAACAGGAUAGCAGACGAGAAGAAAGAAGAUGAUCAAAGUUAGAGACAUUCCGAUAGUGAAUAUGCAUCUAUUGUAAUUACUGAUUCAUUGUUGCUGUGAUCGUCGUUAUAUCCAUGUAAAGAAUCAUCCAUUGAAGUGGUCCAUUCCUAUAUUCCUGUCAUGCGAUUGAAGAAAAUAAAUAUAAUAUGUAGAAUGCCCCGAUGAGGCCUAUCCAUAAUUCUUUUUGAAAUGUUCAUAGGUUGGAAUUGUAUUGGAUAAUUCUGUGUGAGAUGUAAUUGUCCAAUAUAUUCCAAUACAUGGUUAACAGC